AUGAAAUUAAACAAAAAUUUGAUCUUUAUCUCUAAGAGAUUCUUCGCACCCCCAAAGCCUGCAGGUAAAGGUGGUCCAGCCUCUUCCCCUGCCUAUGUUCCAGUGGUUAUUUAAAAGACACCUUAUCAAAGACUUAUUGAAAGAGGAAUCGAAUUUCCUUUAGGUCCCCCAAAGAACCCUUAAAUGGUCUAAGGUACUCACAGAGACAAUAUAGUUCCAAAGCUUGCUCCCAGAAUUGAAGUCUUUGCUAAGAAAUUAAGAGAUUUCUACUUUAGAGAAGGAGUUUUACCUGAGGAGAAGACAUUUAUUGAAGCAGUAAGAGAAAGAUAACCGGAAGAUAAGAUCGAAAAUUUGCAAAAGGAAAAGUUAGUUGCAGCCGUGAUUUAAGGAAGAGAUGAGUUUCCAGAUGUUGACUUAGUUUUACCUUGGAGUGCACCUCAUUUAAUUCUAAGAUCGGAUCAUUACGAAGUCAAACCAUUAUACGUUAAAGUCGGUGGCGAAGAAAUUAGAGUUACUACAAUCGAUAUUGAAACUAAUGCAAAAAGUCAUCAGCCAUACUUUGUUUCUUUGUAGAGAUAUAUUGUAGGACGUCCUAAUCUACUUAAAAUGGCUAUUUAUCCAGUCUAAGAGGAUAAAUCGCUUCAUUUCUAAGCUGGUGCUAAUUUUAACUAUUAUGUCAAAGAACUUUACGUAUGGUGUUACAAUGAUACUUAUCCAGCAAGAUUAGAAGUUAACUGCAUGGAUUUGACUCCUAGUUUCUCAAUCAAGAUAGGAGAUGUAGAGAGAAUGUUACCUCAUGGAAUGUAUUUGCAUAAGAUGUACAAUCAUCAAAAAAAUAGAGCUGUUGUUAACCUUACACAAUCAAAUCUUUAUUCAUAAAGAAAGAAUGCCCUUAACGAAUAGAACUAUCAAAUCUACGAAUAAAAGUAAGCAAUAAAGGCACAAAUGUCGGUAGAAAAGAAGAAGGACUCUUCAUCAUUAAAAAAAGGACUAAAAGUAGUGCCAGUAGUCGUUCAAUCAGCUAAAUUUUUAAUGGCAGAGAAGAAGGAGCAAGAAAAGGAGGCCAAAGCAGCAGAAAAGAAGAAGUGA